CGGCUUGCCAUAGCCGCUUUGCUCCACCUUCUUCCGCAUGUUGUUCCAGUUCUCGACCUUUGAGACAUCGGUGAAUCUCUACGGCAGUUAUUUUAUUUAUUUGAGGCCCAAGAAACAAACAAUAUAAUAAAGUUUAGUGUUUUAAGUUAAACUUCUGGUAUUUUGUUAUUUUCUAUAAUCAUAUAGUCGCGGCAGUAGAAACGGGCCUACACUGUCAGACAGCCAACACGGAAAUGAGUUCGCAACCAAACAACUCGUUUCUCGUGAUCUUCAUCUUCAUCUUCAUCUUCAUCGCAUCUGCAGAUCAGACAAACAUCACAGCUCAACCUGGACAGGACGCGCGUCUGCCCUGCACAUCUCCCGAUAAUAAACCUGCUUUAUUUGUUGAGUGGAGGAGAACUGAUCUGAGAUCAGAAUAUGUUCUUCGGUACAGAAAUAAUAAGAUUAACACAGAAAACCAGCAUCCAUCGUUUAGGGACCGAGUGGAUCUGCUGGACCAACAGAUGAAGGAUGGAGACGUGUCUUUGGUUCUGAGGAACGUGACGACUGGCGACAGAGGAGCUUAUAAAUGUCGAGUCGUUCAGACAGACAGAAAGAUAGACACUGUCUUCACCAUAAACCUGGAUGUAGAAACAUCUCCAGGUGAACCUGGUGGAGGGAACAGAGACGGAUCAGGUCUGGUGGUUGGUGUGUCGGUUGGUCUAUUAGCUUUAGUUAUUAUUAUUAUUGCUGCUUCUGUUGCUGCAUGUUUCAUUCAUAAAAAAGAUAAAAGUCAAAACUCAAACCAGAGUUCUGAAAAACCACCUCAGUCUCAGCAGCCUUUAACGGAUCAGAACCAACCAGAUGAGCAGUGAAUCCAGUCUGACCUGCAGGAUGAUGGAUCCAGAACCUCAGCAGAUCCUUCAUCCAGAAUCACUGACUGACUUUCACCAAGCAGAGGAAACCCAAACUGUCAGCUGUUGGUCCUUCACCAGAACCAAACCAGGCCUGACAGAACCAGAACCGUUACAGAACCAGAACCGUUACAGAACCAGAACCGUUACAGAACCGAUCUAGAACCCGUCCAAACUGGACUGAAAGCUUCAUUAUUAUAGGAACUGAAUUAAACUGGGCUGCAGUUUAGCAUCAGGAUCAGUUUGUAACUUUUAGACGUUUCAUCUGGAAUUAAAAUGUUUUUAUUUCAUCUUUCUGUUACUGAACUGAGUUAAUGAUUAAGAUUUUAAUUGAUUUAUUUUAUUUCACUGAGAGAAUCUGCUACAUUAAACUCAGUCGUAUUCCUUAAAUUAUAAUAUUAUUGAAAAGUUCAUUUAUUUCAGUAACUCAAACAGAAAUAGAUUAAUCAGGUUGAUGUUUCUGAGCUUUUCUACCUAAUAGUGAUUUUAUUUUAUGCUUAGUGAAAACAAUGAAGAUUAAUAUUACAUAAGGCCACUAAAAAACCUUUUUAUGCAGAAAAGUGAAUUUACAAGAGAUACUUUUAAUCUGAGAAACAAUCUGAACGUAAAUUAUAACUUAUUAAAUCUGACUCAAUGUGUGUUUUACAUGUUUUCAGAAACUAAACUGUUUGUGUUAAAUGUUCCUCCUGAAAGUGUCUGAAUCAUUUUAUUUGUUACUUUUCAGAUAUUUAUGGUAUUAAUGCAGCAUUUCUCCAGUCCAACCAGAAACGUUUCACUGGUUUCACUGGUUCAGUGUCUGAUCCUGUUGCUGUUGCUUAAAGCUGCAUGUUUGUUGCUUAAUCCUCAGGUCAGUUUUCAUAUUAAUGUGUGGUUUAAUUUCUGUCUGAGAGAUAAUGUUCAUGUCAUGGAGUCAGAACAAUAAACUCAUAAAUUCACUGUUUUUAUUGUAAUAACUUGUAAAAUAACUCUGGGCUGAUUAUUGAAUCAUCUGAGGUCAGCAGGUCAACCAACAUGUUCAGAAAGCAGAAAUCAGAGCAGAUGAUGUUCAGCUCAUUCACAUCAAUCCUGUAUAUUAAAAAUCAUAAAACA